CGCGCUGGAACACGGGAACAGCGAAUAGAUACAGUAUUCUUACAUAUAAAAAAUAAACAUAAAAGGAAACGGAUGUGCCUCCGAAAACGGAACGGAUACCGUCCUCCUGAUCAUUUUAAUGCAAAAAUUGAGAGGUCCGCGGCCAAAGGGGGGAUGACAUGCAUGUGCCCAGGCUGUUAACAUCGUUGAGGACUAUAAGACUAAUAGGCUGCCAAGAGCUGUCAAGUCAUGAUGGACAUACUGUACACAGGGCCCGUCCCAGCAGGCGGCGAGUCUCCGAUGGCGGUCAGCGAGGUGUCGCCGGGGCGACCCGGGUCGACCCAGCCCACCUCACAGAGACCUAACACAUGCUGCUUCUGCUGGUGCUGCUGCUGUAGCUGCUCAUGUCUCACUGUUAGGAAUGAAGAGGACCGAAGCAGAAAGUCUCUGGAGACACGGAUGGAGACCAUACCAAACUGUGAAGCUUGCACCAAACCAACAUUGGAGGAAAUGAAGAUGUGGGGUCAGUCGUUCGACAAGCUGAUGAAGAACCCCGCGGGUCGGAAUGUGUUCAGGGAGUUCCUCAGGACAGAAUACAGCGAGGAGAACAUGUUGUUCUGGCUGGCCUGUGAAGACCUCAAACAGGAGAUGAACAAGACCACCGUGGAGGAGAAGGCACGCAUGAUCUAUGAGGACUACAUCUCCAUACUCUCCCCCAAAGAGGUAAGUUUAGACUCACGGGUUCGAGAGGUGAUUAACCGGAAGAUGCAGGAUCCAAGCCCCCACACGUUUGAGGACGCCCAGCUCCAGAUCUACACGCUGAUGCACAGAGACUCCUACCCUCGCUUCCUCAACUCCUCAAUAUACAGAUCUCUCGUCCACCCGGGUUCACGCACCUCCUCCGAGUCAUAGGUUCUCCUCAUUUCACACACUUAUGUACAGUACAUACACACAUACAAACACUCCACUUUGUCACAUUCUCCACAUCUGACUGUGCCAUGCUUUCUCCCCCCUCGUCACCCCUAUAUCUCCCCCCUCUCUCUCCCUCUCCUCCCCCCUCUCGUCUCCCUCAAUCUGCUUCCUUUCCUUCCCAUCUCUCCCCUCUCUUGUUUCUAUCAGUCCAACCACCUCCUCUCUGGAGUCUCCAUUGCACAACCACUAAAGGAGAAAAAUAUUCGUCCUUUUUGGGAUUUUUACGAUCGCUGUCAGAUUUUUCAGUUAGAUUUAUUUUCUUUUUGCUUCACUGUUUGUUUGUUUUUUCAAACGAUGAACUUCGUCAUGCCACAUAUAUGGAUUUCCUGACUGCACAGAUACAGACGUCGUCACAAACAGGCACCCUAUCUCCUGGGCAGUGCACCCUUUUGACCAGGGCCCACAGGGAACUGUUUAGGGAAUAGGGGGCCAGUUGAUGAGCCAAGUUAACUGGAAGACACAGGGUCGUUGACAGAAGGAGACGUGUUAUUGGAUGAGAGACGUAUCUCCUGGAUGUCACUCACUCUCAUGGCUGUGGUGGCAGCCACCUCAGCACUGACUACUGAUCGUUCUGAUUUCACAUCAACACUUUUUUGUUGUAUAUAACAUGUGUCCAUGUUUUUUCUUUCUCCUGACAAACAUCCUGGUUUUUGAAGACAGCCCAGAUAAGAGGUACUCUGCAAUAAGAUCCUGGAGUUCAAAAUAAUCACACAAUGGUCCCGUGUCCUUCCUGACCCCUCGGCCCGGAAAGACCACCUGGACAUUGCUGCUCUACUCCGCUUCUGACCUACGGACUCUCACCUUUGACCUGUCCACUGUCUCCCUCACCUCACUGCUGCGAUUGGCUAUGAGAGGCAUGGGGCUGAGCCGUGGUUGGUCAGUCGAUCAGGGAGGGGCUAAGUGAUUUCCCACCCAGGUGCAAAAACAGAGACUCUAAAAAAUAUGACGACAAAAAAAUGCAAAUGCUAUUGUAUGGUUAACUGCUUGAUGGGAAAUGGAGUUUUAUUACAACAGAUGUCUGUAGUUAUAAAGAAGACAAAAGAUUA